AUGAGCUCACAGGCGCAGAAUGGGCCUCGAUGGCGCAACAGCCCAUUUGGACGAGACAACGACACUCCUUCGCCAGGUCCUCCGCCAGGGCAUGCGCGGUCCAAGUCGAGCAUAAUGCAGAACCCGCUCAGCUCUCCCACACCCAGUGGCCACGCGCGGCAGCCGUCGAUCACGGACCUUGGCCUGGACGGUAUGGGACGAGCAGAUCAGCGGCGCCUUCGAGCAGGCUCGGUGCGAAAUUCGACGCCGGCAGGCACCUUUGCACCCAAAUUCAUCAAGCAUGAAGACCCAGCAGCGGCGGAGGAGCGAGUGCGCGGCAUAGAAGGCGAGAACGACUUCUCCGGCAAGAGAUAUGUUUGGCUCAGAGAUCCGAGCACAGCUUUCGUGCGCGGCUGCGUCGUGGAGGAGCUGCCCGAUGAUAUGCUGAAGGUGCAGUGCGACGAUGCCAGCCAGCGAUGCGUGCCGGCCGACAGUGUGGAUAAGGUCAACCCGGCCAAGUUCGACAAGGCAGACGACAUGGCCGAGCUGACGCACCUGAAUGAGCCGAGCGUGGUUCACAAUCUUCAGCAGAGAUACCAAGCGGAUCUGAUAUAUACAUACUCGGGCCUGUUCUUGGUGACCGUGAAUCCAUAUACGCCUUUGCCCAUCUACGGCAGGGACUAUGUCAACAUGUACAAGGGCCGAAAUCGCGAGGAUACAAGACCGCACAUAUUCGCCAUGGCCGAUGAAGCCUUCCGAAACUUGGUCGAUGAAGGCACAAAUCAGUCCAUUCUGGUCACGGGCGAAUCGGGUGCUGGUAAGACUGAGAAUACGAAGAAGGUCAUCCAAUAUCUGGCUGCUGUGGCCACCUCAGACACACCACGAGUUAAAUCUGGAGCACGCCAGCUAUCGAACUUGUCGGAACAGAUUCUUCGUGCGAAUCCCAUCCUGGAGGCUUUUGGUAAUGCACAGACCCUUCGAAACAACAACUCUUCUCGAUUCGGUAAAUUUAUCAGGAUUCAAUUCGGUAGAGCUGGUCAAAUAGCUGGUGCCUACAUCGAUUGGUACCUCCUCGAGAAGAGUAGGGUGGUGCGGCUGAACUCCCACGAACGUAAUUACCACGUCUUCUACCAGCUGCUGAGAGGCGCUAGCCAGUCGAUGCGCCGAGACUUCAUGAUUGAUGGGAAGGAUGUUGAGGACUUUGAAUACACAAGGCAUGGCAACGACAUCAUCUCCGGCGUUUCGGACCAGGAGGAAUGGAACUCGCUUCUUGAAGCAUUUCACAUCAUGAACUUCUCCGAUAAAGAGCAGAAGGAAAUUCUGCAGACCAUUGCUGCUGCCCUGCAUCUUGGCAACAUCACGCUCAUCAAGGAAAGCCUACGAGCAGAUCAAGCAGCGCUCUCACCUGAGGCUGCCAAGUCUGUAGCCUGUGCUUGUAAGCUGCUCGGUAUCAGUCAGGAGCCAUUUGUCAAAGCUCUACUACAUCCACGUGUGAGAGCAGGCCACGAAUGGGUGGAAAAGAGUCAGACUCCAGAGCAAGUGCGCCUCGCUGUUGAUGCACUGGCAAAGGGUAUCUAUGAACGUGGCUUCGGCAACCUGGUCGACCGGAUCAACAAGCAGCUGGAUCGAACCUCUUCUGGUUCAUACGAUGAUGAUACCUCAUUCAUUGGCGUGCUCGAUAUUGCUGGGUUCGAGAUUUUCGACGAGAACAGCUUCGAACAGCUGUGCAUCAACUACACGAACGAAAAGCUCCAGCAAUUCUUCAACCAUCAUAUGUUCGUGCUUGAGCAAGAAGAAUACGCCCGGGAACAAAUCGAAUGGAAGUUCAUUGACUUCGGACGUGACCUACAGCCAACGAUUGACCUGAUCGAGGUGACCAACCCCAUUGGUAUUUUCUCUUGUCUCGACGAAGAUUCAGUGAUGCCCAAGGCUACCGACAAGUCCUUCACCGACAAAUUACACUCUUUGUGGGAUCGCAAGACUCCAAAAUACAAGCGAUCGUUGCUCAAUCAAGGCUUCAUGCUGACACACUACGCCGCUGAAGUCGAAUACUCUACUGAAGGAUGGCUCGAGAAGAACAAGGACCCACUGAAUGACAACGUUACGCGAUUGCUUGGACACUCCACCAAUGGACACAUCGCGCACCUAUUUGCCGAUUGUGCUGAAUUCGAUGAAGGAGACGGUGCAACGCGCUCACGCGUCAAGAAGGGCCUCUUCCGCACUGUUGCGCAGCGGCACAAGGAGCAGCUCUCCUCCCUGAUGUCCCAGCUCCAUUCAACGCAUCCCCAUUUCGUGCGCUGCAUCUUGCCGAAUCACAAGAAAAAGCCAAAGCAGUUCAACGCAUCACUAGUUCUUGAUCAGCUGCGAUGCAAUGGUGUCUUGGAAGGCAUCAGGAUUGCGCGAACUGGUUUCCCAAAUCGCCUUCCGUUUGCUGAGUUUAGAGCACGGUACGAGGUGUUAUGUCAGAACAUGCCCAAGGGCUACAUCGAAGGCCAGGCCUACUGCAAGAUCAUGCUGGAGAAGCUCAACAUGGAUCGCAGCUGGUACCGAGUCGGUCUUACCAAGGUCUUCUUCCGCGCCGGCGUACUCGCAGAACUUGAAGAAAAGCGUGAUGCACUAAUUCGCGACAUUGUCGUGCGCUUCCAAGCUGUCGCUCGAAUGUAUGUGCAACGACGCAUCUUCAAGAAGCAGCAGUAUCGAGCUGAAGCCACUCGUGUCAUUCAGCGAAACUUUCAGGUCUACCUCCAGCUGCAACAGAAUCCAUGGUGGCAACUGUUCGUUCGCAUGCGGCCGCUGUUGGGCGCUACUCGUCAGUCCAAUGAGGUCAAGAAGCGGGAAGAGGAGAUCAAACUGCUGCAUGCAAAGAUGGCCGAGGAGGAAGCGCAGCGCGCCAGAGUGGAAGAUGACCGUCGAAGAGCAGAGGCUGAGAUUCAAAAAGUGCAGAAAACACUCGAGAGUGAGCGUGCGCUUGCUCUGGACAAGGAAGAAAUUUUCCGCAGGCUGCAGAACCGUGAGACGGAAUUGACCGAGAAACUGCAAGGUGCUCUCGAGGAUCAAGAUCACCUAGAAGAGCAGAUUGAUGAGCUCAUGGCUUCGCGCAAGAUAGCGGAAGAACAAGCCGAAGAGCGACGAAAUCAGCUGGAGCAGGCAGGUCAGAUCAUUGACAAGCUUGAAACAGAAAAGAGUGAUCUGGUCGACCGGAUAGCCGAGCUGGACGCACACCUUGAGGAAGUCGAGAAGAGCAAGUCGAUGAGAAGCGAACAAGAGGAGGCAUUGCAGCAGGAAAUUAGAAUGCUGCAGAGUCAGCUGAGCUUGAGAGAGCGCAAACUCCACGACCUGGAGGCCAAGCUGCUCAAGAACGACCAAGACCUGGAUCUCAAGCUAUCUACGGCGACAAAGGACCUCCAGAAUGCCAGGAAGCAAGUCAAGGAUCUGGCCGAAGAGAACAGAUCGAUUCGUCAGCAGAUGUCAGAUUUGUCCUCUACAUCUACUAGCUUCGAAGACCUGAUCAAGCGGAAAGACAGCGAGCUUGCUAUCCUGAAGACCGAUCUGAAGCGAUACCAGGAUGACCGAAAGCGCUUUGAAGAUGAGAAGCAUGGCCUGACCACCAAGCAUGACAGUAUUCAGACUCGAUUGAGGGACACGCUGGCCGAGAUGGAAGUCUUGCGAUCGCAACAUGGCCAGCUUCAAAGAGAAGUUGCCGACGCCAAGCGAGCCCUGGAGGAUCAGACAUCAGCCAACGAGCAAGUGAAGAUGCUCGAGGCUCAGCUGCACGACGUGAAGGGCGAGCUCUAUCAGGCACAGGCUGAUCUCAGCCGCGAACAGCAGUCUCGUGAUGACGUGAAGCGUAUUGCAACAGCAGAAUAUGAAGGACUGAAGCGGGAGUAUGAUUCACUCCACGAGUCCAAGGUCACUGUGGAGAAGGAAAUGUACAGCCAGUCAGACCUCACUCGUCGCGCCACUGCUGCACGUGAGGCUGCCGAAAAAGAGCGUAAAGACUACCAGACCGAACUGCAAACUUUGCGAAAGAAGUUCAUCCAGCUUCAAGAAGAGAAGCUGGAGGUCGAAGCAGCUGUUGAGCGCGACGUCUCACAGAAAGCCAAUGAGCGCCAUGCCAUCGUACGGAAAGAGCUUGAUGAGAAAACCGCGCACAACCAGGAGCUGGAGUCUGAGCGUGCCCGAUUGUCUGGAGAAGUGCAACGUCUCAAACGCUUCAUCGCUGACUCUGAGAACUUCAAACUUCAUCAUGACCAAGAAAAGCAGCGUCUUGAGCGCGAGCUGGUCACAACCAAAGGCCGCCUGGCAGCUUCAGAAAAUGACAACAAAGCACUGAUGAACAAGAUCCAGAUGAAGUCUCUUGACAUUGCGCGGUCCAACAGCAAAGCUAGCGAUAACCAGAGAGGCAAGAUCGCGCAGCUGCAAAUGGAGAAGACUAAAGUGGAUGACGAGGUCAAGAAACUGCAUCGCCAGCUCAAUGAUGCUCAUUUGACGAUCACUUCGCUCGAGAAGCAGAAAGAGAAGCUUGCUCUCAGCCUAGAAGAUCUCAAUCACGAAGUCGAGCGUGAGCACAAGAGUACUAGGAAUGCCGAGCAGCAGUACUCUGCCGCCGGACUUCAACUUGCUGAGGCCAAUCGCAAGCUCGAGACCGAAAGGACAAUGCGAAGUCAGGCACAACAGAAUAGUAAGACCUUGCAAAACUCGCUAGAUGCAGCCCACAGAGAGAUCACGGAAGCACAUGAGCAUCUCCGACUGCUGCAGAAGAUUUUCGAUCCUGAAAGUGGCAAGCUGCCACAAAUUGAUGGUGCGAAGCCGGACAUGAAGCAGACCAUCGACCUGGCACAAAAGCUCGAAGCCUCCGAACAAGCGCUUCGCCUUGCUGCUGAACGCUUCUCCCGAGCUGAGUCUCAAUUGGAACAGCUCCGUGCGCAGCAUUCAGACGAUAUGCAGGAGAAUGAGAAUCGCUACCAGAACUCCAAGCGUGCUUUGCUCGAAGAAAUGAAUCCUAGUCAGGUCAAUGCUCGAUCAUCGCCCGGAGCAGGUCCGCUGCGGCGAGAAUGGGACAAUCGCAAGACUUGGUCGCCUGCGAACAACAGCGCCACUCACACUCCGACUAGUCAGCGUCAUAUCAGCAAGGCCAGCCAAGACUCUGCGCAAUCUGAGCGUAGCACAGACACUCUGACUUUGAACAGCCAUAUGGAUCUAGCUGCCGAGGUGGAAGAGUUACAGACACAACUGCAGAUGUCUGAGAUGCAGAAUCGUCAUCUUCAGGCACAGCUUGGCCGCGGCUCGAUGAAGAAUGACUGGUCCGAAGAAAGCCCAUCCAUACGCAGAGUACAGAAGCUCGAGCGCGAGAACUUCCGUCUUCACGACAUGCUUGAUGAUUCUGCCAAGAAGGUCUCGUCACUAGAGCAAAGCAUACGUGCCGGCCAGCUUUCAUUGAAGGAGGUUCAGACCAAGAGCCACGAGGAGCUAUACGAUCUCAUCAAUUCGCAAGAACAGUCGCGACGCUCUCUGUUGACGUCCCACAACGCUGCGAUCGCAGAGCUUGCAGAUGCGAAGACGUCGUUUGACGAGAUCAAGCACUACAAAGCCGGUGUUGAAGUUGAGCUUCGUGACGCUAAGUCUGAGCUCGCUGACUUGCAGUACGAGCGCGAGCAGGAGGCUGCGAAUCACUCUCAGUUGCUGCAGGAGUUCUCCGACUUGCAGAUCAGACUGGAUGCCGAGACCUCCAGAUCUGAUGACCUCAUGUCCAGCAUGAACCUCUACAAGGCUAGAGCGGACGAGUACUUCGAGAAGCUAGAGCAGGCUGAGAUUGCUGUGCUGAAAGCAUCACGAGCAGAGCAAUUUGCCAAAUCGCAAGCCAAGGAGGUGGAGGAACAGUGCGCCACCAUACUUUCAGAACGAAAGCAGAUGGAUGAUCUUGUGGAAGACCUGCAACGCCAAGUACAACAGUACGAGGAAAAGGUCGAAGAUGUUUGUUCAGAUCUCGAUAGUGCCAUGCAGGCCAAGAAGCGUCUUCAGAACGAGCUCGAAGACUAUCGCUCACAGCGCGCCAAGGAUAUCGAAGACAAAGAGUCAUCCAUGGAGCAGACUCGCCGAAAGUAUCAGGCUGAGCUUGCCACUCUUAACAGCGAGCUGGAGUUGGAGCGUGACAAUGUCAUUCAUGCUCGUGGUGAGAAUGGACGUCUCCGCGAUGAGCUAGAAGAGCUGCGCAAUAAGUGGGAUGACGAGGUUCUGAACAGCUCGACCUGGGCUAAAGAGAAGUCACGACUUGAAAUUGCGCUUCAAGGACUGUCGGAUUCGAGGGAUGAGGCCGUAACUGCGCACAAUGAAGCCCAGAGCAAGAUCGUAGAACUUCUCGGGCAGGUUCGUGGCUUGCGAACCAACAUUGACGAUACGGCUGCCGAGCGUGACAUGCUUGUCAAGGAGAAGAAGGGCCUCGAAGCAAGGCUCGCCGAAGCAGCAGAGCGACUCAACGAUCUGGCCAACGAUGGCUCGCCAUCAAAGCGAUCUGCGGCCUCGUCCGAUCGGGAAGUUUUGGACCUGAAGGCCAAGCUUGCUCAGCAAGAGGACAUUGCUGCUGCUGCAGUUGGCAAGAUGCGCCGUGCCGAAGCGUUAGCUCAGGAGGUCUCUCGAGACAUCGCGAACGAGCGUGAGAGCAGUGUACAGCUCCACCGUGAGAAGGCGGCUCUUGAGAAGAGCGCCAAAGAACUCCAACUCAAGUGCAUCGAGCUCGAGACCAAGGGCUACUCCAGCGGGAGUCAAGAUGUCCGAUAUCUGCACGGCAGGAUCCAGGAGCUUGAAUCUCAGCUCGAAGAUCUUGAGAAGACCCGCACGACAGAGGCACGCAGCGUGCGCAGCGUAGAUCGUACCGUGAAGGAUCUGCAAUGCCAGAUUGAACGUCGUGAGAAGUCCAUGUCAAUGCUUCAAGAUGACCUCAAUAGGUCCCGGGACAAGAUCGGAAGUCUUCUCCAGACUAUCGACGAGCUCCAACAAUCCGACUCCACGGCCCAGCUCGCCUCCAAGCGCGCAGAACGCGAACUGCUCCAAGAGCGAGAAAAGAAUCUCCGUCUCGAAAGAGAAAUCGAGCGCAUGGGUGCCGUGUCACGUGCUGACCGCGAAAGCGUCAGAAGAAGUGGCACACUCGCAGCACUCAGCGACUCUGGCAUGAUGGAUCGGUCGAGAAGAGGUAGCAGCGUGGCUCCGAGCACGAAUGGUGGCGAAGUCAAGAUCGAUGUCCCUCAGAGGAAGAGUUCUUUGAUCAAGGGUUUUUUGUAG